AUGAAGCUGUUUCUAUCAGCUCUUCUGCCGGUUCUGGCCGCAUCAGCCACAUCAAAGCCGACUGUAACGAUCGAUGCCGGUACCCUUACAGGUGGACGAUGUGAAGAUGCAAGCGCAGUCUAUUACAAAGCAAUUCCUUACGCCGAGCCUCCAAUUGGAGAGCUUCGUUUCGAGUCUCCCGUCGCCAAGAAGCAAUUUUCGGGGGGGAAACUUGAUGCAACAUCCGUGGCACCUGCUUGUGUCCAAUGGACAAGUGUAUUUAACGAAACUACAGCCGAGUCCGAAGAUUGCCUCUUCCUAGAUGUAUGGACUCCAUCCGAUUCCACCAAAGAUUCAAAACUCCCCGUCAGGGUCUGGAUCUACGGAGGGUCGAACGAAAAUGGUGGAGUUUCCAACACUUUAUACGAUGGCUGCAACUCUGCGGAUCAAGGCGCAGUCCUCGUUUCCAUCAACUACAGACUUGGACCCCUGGGCUUUAUGGCACUUGAAAAGGCCGGGAUUUAUGGAAACCAGGGAAUCCAGGAUCUGCUUCUUGGAUUGGAGUGGAUACAGGAUAACAUUGCUCAAUUUGGCGGCGACCCGAACAAGGUGAACCUAUUCGGACAGUCGGCCGGUGCCGAGGACGCUUUCAUCAUUUCGUCUCUCCCGAAGGCCCCUCAACUCAUCAACAGUUUCACCUCCGAAUCUGGAGGUGGCAAGAACGUCGCUGCUAAUGCUACUUUGCAAGCCACCGGUGCGAACUACGCUAGUAUCCUUGAAUGUGGCUCCAGCGACAAAUCUUGCCUUCAAUCCAAGUCUGCGAGCGACCUCGUUAAGGCCUUUACAAAGGAUACCGAAUCCGGCUAUAUGAGCUACGGCAUUGGAGUAUAUGGUAUCAGUGGUGUUACUAGUGCUCGCACUCAUGCCUUCGGUCCUUACGUGGAUGGCAAGGUCAUUCCCGAAGAGCCUAUCAGCCGUGGCUCGCGAGUUCCCGCGAUCUUUGGAUUUAACCAACAGGAAGGCGUCAUCUACGCCGGCGGAACGUGCGAGACGAACAAAACAGCUUGCACUGAGGCCGGGUAUCCGGAUUUCCUGAAGGCAAACUACGGUCCUAUGGCUUCAACAGUUGAGAAGUACUACCCUCUGUCAAAGUUCGUGUCUUUGGGAGAGUACGCCGUUCUUGGUGCUAUUGCCAAAGUCAUCACCGACUCUGAUUAUAUGUGCCCUGGAUAUCGUGGCGCUAUUGCGACUACACGCAAUAACGUUCCUACAUGGACUUACGAGUUCACUCACAACACUACCUGUGCUUGGAUGGAAUCGAUCUCACAGGCCGAAGUCUCUAUGCUGGGUGCUACCCACACCUCGGAGAUUUCUUAUGUCUUCGGUAACAUGGCUUUUGGCUUUUCCGGUAGAGCUUCUUGCAACUCUACCGCUGCAGAGUAUCAUCUGAGCGAUCAGAUGGUGAGUCUGUGGCAGGCAAUGGCAGAGAACGCCGCCCCUUCAACCGAUGCCAUUAAAUGGCCCCGAUUCCAGCCCUCCAAGAACGGGACUUCCCCUGGCUUGUUCUUUACCAACUCAACCAUCCCUGGAACUAUUGACUUCAGUGCUUGUCAGCUCUGGGAUAAGGUUAAUACCCUGAUUUCGGCGACAACGAACUCUACUUCGUCGGCAAGUGCAUCUGGCACUGCAAAGGCCUCUGGCACUUCAAAGGUCACCUCGUCUCCAACACCUCAGAUCGGCAGUGCUGGAAUCACUUUACCUGGUGGACUUCUGGCUCUGUCCGCUCUGUUGCUUCACAUGACUAAGAAUGCCUCUUCAACAUCUUUUAUCGCCAUCAAAAUGGUGCAACUACAUCGAUCUUUACGACAAACCUGGAUUCUAACUUGGAAAAAUCUUCUUGUGUUCUACAAAUCGCCCAUUUCUUCUUUGAUCAAGGCACUUUUGGUUCCGAUCGCAAUAACAAUUGUCUUUUGUUUCCUCAAGGAGAUAAAGCUUGAAAAUGAGGGCUCCAACGGCAUCUCACACACCGGGAGAACGGUCAUGGAUCUGCCCGACGCCAUUUCCAGGAGUUCAUCUCAAAGGAUAGUCGUCGCCACGAAUGGGAUUCAAGAUACAGAGCUGAACAACACCAUUGCCGCAGUUUUUCAGGACGAAGGCAUGCAAUCAUUCGAUCUACAGCUUUUGAAUGACCCCAGCUUGCUAUUCGAUCGCUGUAAACAGUCUAUUCAUGGCACCAGUGACUGUUUUGCUGCUGUAGUUUUCACGGCCUUCAACAACACUCAUGCCAACUACAUUCUGGGCAUCGAUGAGGACUUUCUUGAGAACACCCCGUACAGCUAUACGCCGGGCCAAUCCGUUCUCUCUCAGCGCCUUCUGCCACUAAAAUGGGCCUUGGACUCUCACAUCGGUGGAUUUGAAGAUAGCAAAAGACCGACCGAGAAGAUGUGGAGUGGAUAUUUCGACAAGGACGGGUCUAGCUACUCGGAUAUGCCACAUUCAAUCUUCUGGCUCUCAAUUGUUGGAUAUUUUGCUGCACCGUUAUUUGUGUUCAUCUUCCUGGUCUCCACUUACCAUAUGAGCAGUACUGUGGCUGGUGAACGACAAAACGGGGUCGUAGAUCUUCUCAUGGCCCAAGGAGUUACGACCGCACCCCGUGUGUUUUCAAACUUUUUGUCUUUCUCCAUCCUCUACAUUCCCGGAACAAUCAUCUGCUCUAUCCUUCUGGGCGAAAUUCUUUUUAUGCGUACAUCUACGGGUCUGAUCUUCAUCCUCAUGCUUCUCGCCAGUCUCGCUCUCAUCAUCUGCGCCCACUUUAUCGGGUCUUUCUUUUCCAGAUCAUCUGUGGCCGGCAUGUGGACCUGCAUUUUAAUAUUUGCACUUGCUCUGGUGAGUAUAUCUCAGAGCUUGACGCAGUUCAAAGAUCCGGGACAGAUGCUGGGACUCUCCCUAGUAUUUCCACCAUACGCCUUUGCUACGCUCAUCCGUGAUAUUGCAACAACAGAGUACUCUCUGAGGGCAUUCCCCGACGCAGGAAUUACCAAACAAGUUCCAAACAUGGAUGGUUACCUCUACUUUGCGUGUUUUCUUGUCCACAUCUUUGGCUAUGGUGCGUUGGUAUUUCUCGUCGAGCACCUACGCUGGGGCGUUCCUCAAAGCCGAGAAUGGACCGAAACUUCAGAUGACGUUGCGCUAAAGCUGAGCAAUUUGUCCAAGACCUAUUCUGGUGGCAAACAAGCCGUUAAGGAUUUCAAUUCUGAAGUGCAAACUGGAUCCGUUACUUUUCUAUUAGGCCCCAACGGAAGCGGGAAAACCACUGCGCUGAAGUGUAUUUCGGGGGUAUUGAAAGUUGAUUCAGGGUCAAGGAUUCAACUAAGUCAGGACGGGCGCUCUUUUGGCUUAUGUCCGCAGCACAAUGUACUCUGGGAUGUCCUCAGCGUGACAGAGCACGUUCGCCUCUGGACAAGUCUCAAGACCGCGGGGGGUGCGCCAAAUACUCAAUAUAUCGACGAUGUUAUUUCUGAGUGCGGUUUAACUGAAAAGGCUCAAUCUGCAGCUGGCACACUCAGUGGAGGUCAAAAGCGGCGCUUACAGUUGGCCAUUGCCUUCUCCGGUGGAUCGAAGGUGUGCUGUAUUGACGAAGCAUCAAGUGGACUAGAUCCGUUGUCUCGUCGCAACAUUUGGAACAUCAUCCAAGAAGGCCGUCGCCAUCGGACGACUAUUCUGACUACUCACUUUCUCGAUGAGGCCGAUGUACUCGCUGAUCAUAUCGUGAUCAUGUGCAAAGGUAGUUUAGUCUGUCAAGGAUCCAGUGUUGCCCUUCGCGCACAAUACGGCGACAAAUAUCGAAUUCGUCUUGAUGACGAGCAAGAAACGACCUGGAAAGCUGCAAGCUCUGCUGAGGCUACGGAGAAGGUAAUCGAGCUGGAGCGUUUGCAACCCGACCUCGCUUGUCAUGUUACCUUCCCCACUUUAGAACAAGUAUUCUUAAGAACAACAUCGGAGUAUGGGACCGCCAUUGAUGGAGAUGGUGGAGACGGCAUGGUUGGCGAGAGUCAAGAACCCACUGGAAACACCGAGGUUGCACUGGAGGAUAAGAUUCUGGCGCUUGAGAGUGAAUAUACAGCCGAGGAGCUUAAUCUUGAUACAAGGCAGUCAGUAGGACUACUGUGGCAGAUCUGGGUUCUCUUUCGAAAGCGAUAUCAGCUGCUAUAUCGGGCAUCGGGAAUCAUCGUUUAUGCGGUGAACCUUUUACUGCCCAUCAUUAUCGCCGCUGCAUUGACGAAGUACUUCUAUACUUGGGAUGCUUUGGUGACAUGCGAGGAAAGCUAUAACAAAUAUGCCAAUCCGGUUGGCAUGGAUAUACCUCCAUUUGACAACGCGUUAUACACUUCUGCCUCGGGAGACAUUCUGGGACCUGCAAACCAGUUUCAGGGUGGGAUUCAAGAUGAUCUUUUCGCGGGUAGCAUCGGAGAUUCCAUCCAGGAUCGCACCUUCGUCGGUAGUGAAGACGAAUUUAACAACGCCGUGGAGACAUCUAUGGGCAAUGUUGGAUUUGGUUUAUACGCCUCAACUCCCGACUCCGCGAUAUUCUAUCACUCUGCGGACUAUUACUCUGCUGGACCUGGACUCAUGGGGUUUAGCCUCAUAACAAAUCGCAUUGCCAACUCGACUUCCGAUACUCGAGCUCGUCAAAUCACAACCGCACUUAGCACGAUGCGACAUGUUAAUCCUGUGCAUAACGAGCUGAAUAUGCCAGUUUCAAUUCUGAUUGUGAUUGUCUUCAUGGCAUCUGUUUCGACUGCCAUCAUCUAUCCUGUGUACGAACGAAUCUCAAAUGUGAGAGCCUUAGAAUACAGCAAUGGUGUCUCACCUUUUGCUCUUUGGACAGCCUACCUUCUUUUCGAUAUGCAGUUUAUCAUUAUCCAAACCCUGAUCGUCUACGGCCUUCUCUUUAUUAGACCGAUGAACACUGUCUGGUAUCGACCCGAUUGUAUUUUUGGCGCCUUUAUCCUAUUCGGAAUCUCAUCAUAUCUCGGAACCUACUUGCUUUCCAAGAUCAUCCGUCGCGGAAGCUUCGCGGCAGCACUUGGGAUUCACAUCCUCUUCUUCGUGCUAUACAUAAUUUCUUACAUAGCGGACGAAUUCGGAGGUCCUGCUGACACCCGACAAUACACCUACGACGCCCUCCAAGCUGGCCUCGGUCUAAUCGCCCCAGCCGCCAAUCUCGUCCGCGCACUCUUCAUCGGCAUGAACACUUUUGACAUACUUUGCGGUAAAUAUGGCGACGCGGAUACAUCUUAUCCAUUCACAUACGUUCUAUACGGUGGUGUCUACGCCAACUUUAUGUACCAGAUCAUUUUUCUGGUUCUAGUUCUCGGUAUCCAUGAAUAUGCCGGCACAGGCUGGUUCCGUUCUCUCAUCUGCUGGCGCCGAAAACUCCCAGCUAGGCUACACCACCAGGUGGACGAUGGUCUGACCUCCUUCGACAGCAGACGGGACAUCAUGCUUGAAGACACCCCGGGUCGUCCCAGCGUCGCCAGGAACAACAAUAGAGAAUCUCCGAUCUUGGACGUUUCCCGCGUGAGUAAAUAUUUCGGUCGAUCUUUUGCUACGCAGAACGUAUCAUUUAGCAUCUCCCCGAAUCAAACGCUUGCACUUCUGGGCGGAAAUGGUGCAGGUAAAACUACAGUAAUCAACAUGAUUCGCGGCGAGCUCCGACCGGAUUUUGGCGAUAUUUUUGUCAACGGGGUUUCGGUUUUAACGCAGCUUCGCAAAGCUCGAUUGAAUAUUGGAGUCUGUCCACAAGAUGACGCGGUUGAUAACCUGACAGUUCGCCAGACACUGGAAUUCUAUGCCACGGUGAAAGGCCUGCGUCGUGUGAAAGAGAAUGUGGAUCAAGUUCUCAUGGCUCUGGAUAUCACACAAUAUGCGAAGACGACUGCAAGAGCGUUGAGCGGCGGAACCAAAAGAAAGCUAACAGUUGCCAUUGCCAUCCUCGGGAACCCACCUCUCCUCCUGCUAGACGAACCUUCCACAGGCCAAGACGCCUCCGCAAAGCGGAUCUUGUGGCGGGCGCUCAAACGGAUCCGUGCGAACCGAGCCAUUCUGCUCACGACGCACAGCAUGGAAGAGGCUGAAGCUUUAGCGUCGCAAGUCGCGAUCAUGCGGACAUCAGUUCUAGUCUCCGGACCGCUGCAGACGCUGAAUGAUACUUAUGGAGGCGCGUUUCGACUGCGAGCCGCACGCUGUGAGGGCGUGAGUGCCGAUGCCGCGCGUGGCAGUGCAACCAACGUCUUUACGAAGCUCCAGCUACCUAUAUUGCGGUACACAGAUGCGAGGGGAAUUGUCCAAUUCUUCAUCAAGUAUGAAAAGAGGGAUCUUGGGAAGAUUAUGUCUGCCAUGGAGCUCUUGAAGGGGGUUGGUUUAGGUAAAUCUGGAAACAUGGACGGUGAUGGUUCGGCAGGGUCUGUUUCCGCUGUUAAUAAGGGUAGGAUGAAGGUCUUUGACGACUAUACACUGAUUGAGCCCUCGCUUGAAGAGGUGUUUAUGAAUGUGGUGAAAGAGGGCGAGUGA